AUGGAAGACCCCUUCACAGAUAACAUGGAGAUGGCGUCUCCAUAUAAUGGCCAUGUGGAUGAUUUCGAGAUCGAUAUUGAUAUCAUGGACGACCAGCCUGCGAACGUCGACAACGAUUUCGAUCUACAAGAUGCCACUCCCGAUGGAGCUUCGGGAGAAUUAACCCAUGAUGCUGAUAUGAUGGAUGAUGUACCUGAAAUGACGGUCACCGAUACGACCACUUACAAUAACGAUGGCAACAUGCAGUACACUGACAACACAUUUCCUACAACCCAAGAGCCGGUCGAGUCAGAAAUGGUGGAUGAAGAAUACGAAGAGAAUACUGAAGCCAUCUCUACUUCCUUCGAAACCUUUUCAGCACCACAAGGCGGGGCCCGGCCAGAGGAAACGGUCGAAGUUGUGAACGAACAACCGGUAAUUGUGGAAGAAAGAGAAGAUGAGAAACCGCAAAAUGCCGAGGAAGUUGUUGAGGAAGCACAGACUGAUGUUGAAGGAACAUUCAAUCAAGAGUUGACUCAAGAAGGUUCAACCGAAGCGAAGCUGGCUGCACCGCAUAUUGCAGUGGUGCCACAAAUCGAAGCUGCUGCUGAGCAUCAUUUCGAGAACCCGGCUGACGAAAAUGAGGUUGUUGAAGAAAUCAAAGAACACGCUACAGUGACCGAGAUAGGAGCUGAGCAUGAAACAGCAGACGCCGUAGAUGUUGUCGAUAACGACGGACUAAGCAAUUUACCUCCAGCAGGUGAAACCGAAGAGGUGGUUGAAAACGAACAUGAUUCUACGGAGCAAACGCCUUAUCUUCAUCAAGUGAAAGUCAUCUACCAGGAAAGUGAAAUUUCGAUGUUUCCUCCACGCACCGGCAAUACUUCGGAAACGUAUUUUCUUGCAGACGAAGGAUUGGCGCAUGAAAGCAUCGGUCGCCUCUUCAAGGAGUGCCGUGCGAUUCUUGGGGAACAUGCAUCUAGUGAGGACUCGUUGGUGUUCCAUAUUGAUUCACUAGGUAUUGAGCUAUGCGAGGAUAAUACUCACGUCACGGAAAUUACACUGUCUCAGAUCGUUGACACAUACCUGCACUUAUGUCGUAAUAGUGGUAUCGAACAACCUGAGCCGUUAUACCUUGGUCUCAACACACGGCCUCAUCUGUCCUCGGAGCUGGCAGCAUUGCUCAAUGCGGCAAAGGAAGGCAAAGGUAUUUCAGACAUACAAACCUGGGAAGAGGAAUACGAGCAUGAAGAAACGGAGGAUGCAGGAGGUUCCAGCCGGGCUGAAUUGUCAAAGCAACACGAUGAUGAGCGCGACCAAGGCGAGCACACCCAUCUUCCGGAAGAGGAGCUACAGAACGAAAGUCUAGAUAACGAACCGGCCAAAAGUCAAAUUCAUGAAACUGAAGUUCAAGAGGAACCCCAACCCGAAGGUGGCUUAGUAGACGUGCAUGAACUCCGUCAAGCUGGCGUCGACUCUACCGACUUUCAGCAGUACCACGAUGAAGAGGAAGACGGUGAGCCCAACACAGCAAUUAACGAAAGCCAUCAACUUGCCGAAGCCCAAGCAGAUAUGGAACGACCAGACGAUGUUGAAGAAAAGGAACCUCUUGACACAUCAAACCAGGAGCCAACUACAGAGGCGAAAUAUCAGCAACAGGAAGGAUCAAUCACCGGUCCUGGUGUAGAUGAAUUUGUUGCGGUUGAUGCUAGUGUCGUAGGUCAUGAAAAUCAGGAAUUCUUAGCGGAUGAACACGAUUUUGCAUCUGACUCUCAAGUGGAGCAAGACGAUCGUCAAGAACAAGAAGCUUCAACUGAAGACAAUGUUGACGCCGCAGAACUAACAGAAGUAUCUGAAAACGCUACUGCAACUGAGCAGUAUAACGAGACAGGCGGUUAUGAAGAUGAAGAAGAGAUAGUUGGUCAAGAAGAAUCUGUUGAGCAGGAGGAAGGCGAAUACGACGAAGUUGCCGGUGAUGAAAACUAUGAAGAUUACGCCGAAGAGGAGUACCAUCAAGAUGAUCUGCAGCAUGAAGAUGAUGAAGAGCUGGCCGGAGAUGAGCACACUGAAGAGCUUCAAGAAGGGCAAAAUGAUGGCUCCUAUGCUGCUGAUCAAUUCGACGAGGCUUCCAGCAAAACAGUUUCUGCAUCGAAUGAGCCAGUCGAUAACAAGGAUGAUUUGCUGGAUGACUUACAAGCCGGUACAAAACCAGACCCGACUGGAGACCUUGAUUAUGCUCAAGAGAUUCCAGAUCUUCCUGACCUGCCGGACGACGACCUCCUUGAUCUGGAUGACGACAUUUUUGCCGAUACGGAACAAGCCACCCAGCGCGAGACGGAAAAUGGUAACGACCAUGAUGUCUCUGCUGAGCAAGCGACUGUCACCAAUGACGACCAACAGAAUGCUCAACUCAAGCGUCAGGGAAGCACAGUUGGAAAAAGACCCCGUUCCGAUGAAGAGGAGGAGAUUGACUUUGACGGAGGAUUGUUGCACGCUUCGGAAACGCACGGCUUUGAAGGAGAGGGGUUUUCGUAUUUACGAAGCCCGAUAUGGUGGGCAGGAAUAGCUACAUUGGCUAUCGGAGAAGUUGCGAACUUCGCGGCAUACGCUUUCGCGCCAGCUAUCCUGGUUACGCCAUUGGGUGCUCUAAGUGUCCUGAUAGGUGCCGUCCUCGGCUCAUACUUUCUCAAUGAGCGACUAGGAACGUUGGGCAAACUUGGCUGUGCCAUGUGUCUUCUCGGGUCCGUUGUUAUUGUUCUCCAUGCGCCUCCAGACAAGCCCGUUGAGAGUAUUGAGGAGAUUCUCGGAUAUGCGCUGAGUCCAGGCUUCUUGCUUUACUGUGUCGCUGUAGCGAUCUUCUCUUCAGUCAUGAUUUACCGUGUUGCUCCUAUUCACGGAAAGAAGAACCCCCUUAUCUACAUUUCCAUUUGCUCAACCGUUGGCUCAGUAUCUGUCAUGUCUAUCAAGGCAUUUGGAAUAGCACUGAAGCUCACCUUCAAUGGCAACAAUCAAUUCACGCACGCCUCGACCUACGUAUUUGCGAUUGUUACCGGCUUUUGUAUUCUGACACAGAUGAACUACUUCAACAAGGCUUUGAGCGAGUUCUCUACAAAUAUUGUCAACCCUCUAUACUACGUUACCUUCACGACCGCCACACUGUGCGCCUCUUUCAUCCUUUUCAAAGGUUUCAAUACUACCGACGCUGUGAACACCAUUUCACUGCUCUGUGGCUUUCUCGUUAUCUUCUCCGGUGUUUAUCUCCUCAAUCUUUCUCGACAUGACCCAGAUGGCCGACAGCUCCUCGCUUCGAAAGAUGACGAAGAUGGUGUGCCCACAGAUGCCAUCGCAAGCUUCUCUACCAGGCGGUCAAUGCAGGCACGCCGAAGCACAGAUCCCCAUCGACGAAGCUCUUCCAGUAUUGCCUUCCUGAACGGAAAUAGCGACAGAGAAGGGCUUAUGAGAUCGUAUGAUGCCGAAAAUGGCGUCAUUGGGUUGACUGAGCUCAGGGAGGAAGAUGACGGCGCGCCUGGCCCUACACGCAAAUCACAUGUCGAUGACAAUCCACCAUUCCACACCAAGCAAGACGAUCGAUAA